AUGAAAGUAAGGGUCCUUAACUGUUUCCUUUCAUCUCUCUCCCAGGCCCGGAUCAAGAAGAUCAUGCAGACAGAUGAGGAGAUUGGGAAGGUGGCCGCUGCUGUUCCCGUCAUUAUAUCCCGGGCGCUGGAGCUGUUCUUGGAGUCGCUCCUCAGGAAGGCCUGUCAGGUGACACAGUCCAGAAAUGCCAAGACCAUGACCACCUCCCACCUGAAGCAGUGUAUAGAGCUGGAGCAGCAGUUCGACUUCCUCAAGGAUCUGGUGGCCUCGGUGCCCGACAUGCAGGGAGACGUGGAGGACAACCACGCUGAGGGCGAGAAGGUCUCUAGGAGGGGCCGGAAGCCAGGCAGUGGGCGGAAGAACGGUGGCACUGGCAGCAAAGGAAAGGACCCGAAGCAGUCAGGCACAGACUCUGAGCAGGAGGAUGAUUCUGAGGACAGUGAGAGCGAUGGGGAAGAGGAGACGUCCCAGUCUACACCCCCCAGCCGCCCCACCACUCACUUCCCCAGCUCUCCAGCGCCAUAUUUGCACUUCACCUGCCCCCCACAGUCCACCAUGGCCAUGCCUGUCUCCGUGCCCCCAGCCCUGCCUGCCAUGAUGGCCUCUGCUCCAGCACCCCCUGUCCCAGCGCAGGACGAGGAGGAGGAAGAUUAUGACUCGUAGCCCUGAUUCCUUUUAGUUUAUUUUAGUUGCUGCAUUCGACGGGGGAGGGGUGGUUCUUAAAUUUAUUAAAAAAAGAGAGAAAAGCAUUU